AUGUCUAUGCAAAUGAUAAUAACACCCAAACAGAAAUAUAACCCAAAUGUUUUAAAGCAAAUCAAAAAAGUAAAUAGACUUCGAGGAACUUCAAAAAAUUCAUAUAAAUUUGAUCAAUCAAAAUAUAAAGAAUUUGAAUUAUUUAUAUAUCAUCAAAGACCAUUCUUGUACAAACCAGCAAAUGGGAUCAGAAAUUUUUGGAAAGAAUCAUUGCCUACUUUAAGAUAUCAUAAUCCAGAAAUUCAAUUCACUAUAAAUAAUAUAACAGUGGAAAAUGAAGAAGAUUUAACAAAAUUACCAUUGAAUUUAAAAAUUCAUGGAACUUCCAAAGAAAAUGAUUCAGUAAUUGAUUGUAUAAGUAAACCACCACAUCAAAUUUUCAGUGAAUUGAUUAAAUUAACGAAUGCAAGACAGAUGAAUGAUGAAGAAAUUCCAAAAUUACCUUUAAAACCUGCAAGUCAUUUUAUGAUGAUUAAAAAGGCAAUGAGAGAACAAAGAGAAAAAGAAGCUCAAGAGAAAUUAGCUAAUGGAAAUUAA